AUGAUCAAGUUUCUUAUAUCAUGUGGUGCAGAUGUUAAUAUUAAAGAUAAAUUAGGAAGCACAACACUUUAUAAAGCUAUCAAACACAAUGAUAUAGAAAUCACCAAACUUCUUUUAUCAUCAGGAGCCGAACUAAGUGAAUUUGAAUGGAAUACAAUCAUUGGAUUUGUUAUUGAACAUGAAUAUACUGAAAUGACUGAACUUUUAUUAGCAUGGGGCGGAGAUAUCAAUUCAAAAGAUACAUAUGGAAACACAUUACUUCACCAAGCACUAGACAGAGAAAACAUAGAAUUAAUGAUUAUUCAUCUCUCAUAUGGAGCAAAUCCUAAUAUAAAAGAUAAAAAUGGAAAUACUAUGUUACACUCUGCGGUAUUGAAAGAAAUGAAAAAUUUUGUUGAAAUUCUAAUAUCCAAUUCCGAUAUCAACGCAAGAAAUGCUUUAGGAAGUUCAGCUCUUCUGCUUGCCAUUAAACUUAAUAAUAAAGAAAUUACAGAAUUACUUAUAAAAAGCGGUGCCGAUAUUACACUCAGAGAUGAUACUAAUAAAAAUGCUCUGCAUUAUGCGAUUUUGAAGUAUUCUUUUGAUACGGCAGAAUUUCUAAUAUCACUUGGAGCAAAUAUAGACGCUGAAGUUUCAAAUGGCAAAACUUUCCUUCAUGAAGCAGUUUCAAAAAAUUCUUUGGAAAUUGCUCAAUUCCUUAUUUACCAUGGUGCAAAUGUUAAUGCAAGAGAUAAAGAUGGAUUUACCCCUCUUUAUUUGGCAGUACUUAAUGAUUUUAAAGAAAUGGCAGAAUUUCUUAUUUCCAAUGGUGCAGAAAUAAAUCUUAGAUACGCAUUAGAAGAUAGAACAUUACUGCAUUUUGCAGCCAUCUAUUACAAAUUUGAAAUUGCAGAUUUUCUUAUCAAACAUGGCGCAUACGUUAAAAUAAAAGAUAAAAAUGGAAAAACUCCACUUCACUAUUCUGCAAAUAAUAACUGUAAAGAUAUUGCUGAACUUCUUAUAGAGCAUGGAGCAGUUCUUAGCGCGAAAGACAAUUGUGGGCGCACUGCGCUUCAUUAUGCUGCAAUUAAUAGGUAUUUUGAAAUUGCAGAGCUAUUUAUUGCCCAUGGUGUUAAUAUCAACUCACAAGAUAUUUACGGAAAUACAGCUUUUCAUUAUGCAUGCCAAUCUGAUGAUAAAGAAUUAGCAACACUUUUAAUUUCAAACGGAGCAGAAAUUCAUCCAAUAGAUAAUUCAGGAAGAAAUUUGUUGUUUAAUGAAUGUCGCAUCGUUAAACAAUAA